AAAUCAUCCCUUCCACCGGCACUUCCAUUACUCCCUUCCAUCAUGACCCCCACCACGAAACCGGGGAAGGGAUGAACACCGCCACAGCUUGCACGCAGACACAGACCGUACUACCAGGGAGUGGAGAAUUUCCCGGCACGAUAGGAGCGCACUAGGGGCGGUUGGCGUGGAGGCGGUAGCCUUAAGGGUGCGAAAGAGUAACAUAUAUGUGACUAGGGGCAGCAGAAUUCCAAAACCCCUACGCAAAGAGCGGGGACAAGCAAGCCGGCUUCGUCAUCUCAGUAGACCCACGGUUUCCGGACUCUACGGACAAACCAGAUAUUUCAAUCACGGUGCAUAUCUCACAACACAUAUCUUUGGAAAGACUAUUUCAAUCAUCACACGGCUUGAAGAAAGACUGAAAACAACGUGAAGAGAAUGCAGGCUAUCGUAGGGUUGCUGAGCUUUCACGUGUUGCUCGCGAGCAACAUAAUGGGAUCGAAGGGCCAGCAGUACGGCGUCCAUCCCCUGAACCCCGAGGUGGGUAUUCCGGUUCAAAUAUCGGGAGGGCUUACCGAGAAGCGGGGAAAUAUGGAGGAGCCAUCUUGCGAAGAGCUCAGAGCCAUGUGGAGAUACAGCAAGAGGCAGAGCAGAGCUGCAGAAAUCACCAACGAAAUACCGACCUACCGCGAUCCCUUCUCCUACAACGUUUGGGAGCCCUAUCUAGAUCGGACACAGUCAUCCCUGGUCUAUCGGGGACCCACAGGUCCUGCCAGAGUCCGCGGAGCGGGCGGCGUCCCGAUAUUCGGAAGAAUAAUCCACAAAGCUCCCCCGGGUCACCAACUGCGGAACGCCAUGCCCGACAGAACGCGAGCUUUCGAAGAGGUGACGCGCCAUUAUGGAACGGUGAAUCGUCACCCUGCACAGUCACCCCGUCGUCGUCCGAUGAAUUUCCGGCACGUGGGUGGAGCUUCGCCCUCAUCCCAAGACAGCAUCUCCCACGUCCCCCAGGCCGGAAGCUUUCAGCACUUGAAGGAACUCAUCCGCACCGAACGAGCCCGAGAACUCCAGGAGCAACGUAUCGCCGAAGAAGUAGCUGCGCGGGCUGCGGCAAUCAAGGAGAUGACAAACGGACGUAGACAAAGCGAGCCGGAGACUCGUCAGCACUACAUGAACUCCCUGCAGUCCUACAACGACAUGAAAAACGUCAACUACAACGACUACGACCAGGUGCAAUACGUCUCGAACAUGGCAAACCUCGGGCAGUCCCUGUCGAGAGGCGAUCAGUACGGGAGGGGAUACUCGCUUCGUUAAGAAAGCAUUUCUUUCAUACGGUGGCGAAGACGACUGAACGCGAAAACGACUCAUGCAAACGACCGAUUACAAAGAAGA